GUCGCGGCGGAGUGCUGUGAGCCGGAGCGGCAGGUCUGCGUCCGGACUACUGAGGAUGGCGCGCGCGUGGAUCGCCGCACUGCUGGUGCUCCUACCUCUGGUGUGGGGCCAGGCAGCUGAGGAGGCGCCCGAGCCGCGGUCGCCCUACUACCCGCCGCCGCCGCCGCCCCCGCCGCGGCCGUACCCGCCCCCGCCCCCGCCCCAGCAGCAGGGCGGCCAGUUUCCUCCGCAGCAGCAGCUGCCGCCCCCGCCUCCCUCGCAGCAGAGGCCUCCCCAAGCGCAGCAGCGGCCUCCGCCACCUCCUCCGCAGGCCGGCGGGGGCGGAGGCGGGGGAGGGGCCAGCGGCGGCGGUAGCGGAGGGGGAGGAGGGGCUGGUGCCGGGGCCGGAGCCGGAGCCGGGGGAUACGGACCUGUGCCCGGCCCCGCAGGGCAGGCCGGAGCCGGCCCCGCGAUGCCCAUGGCUGUGGUGGACACAGAAGUCACCUGCCAGAGCCGGAAUAUGCGAGUCGAGUUCAGCAUGUCGGCACCGUUUCACGGCAUCAUCUACCCGUACAACCACUUUCACAACUGUCUGCUGCACGAGGGUAACGGUGAGACGCACGUCAGCCUGCUGCUCGGUCACGGCACGUGCGCUAAUGAGAACGGACUCCAGUCGGACGGAACGCUGGCACCAGUCAUCGAGCACCGUCUGAUGAUCCAGUGGGACCGUGAGAUUGUGGAGGAGUGGGACUCGUCCAUCAUCGUGCGCUGUGAUCGGCCCGAGGACUACAACAAGACGAUCCGCUUCGACCUGUCCACGCUGGACGAGGCAGCCUCGUUCGUCAGUUCCACACAUCCAGGCCCCCAGAUGUGGAUGGAGAUUCAGAAGGGUGAGGGGCCGAACGCCCCGGAGCUGCAGGGCUCGGUGUUUCUCGGCCAGGUCCUGACGCUCGUCUUCACGCUUGCUGACGAACACUUCGACUUCGACACUAACGUGCUCACCUGCUGGGCGCUGGACGGUGAGACUGAGAAGCGCCGGAUAGAGUGGCUGACACCGCAGGCGGGCGGAGGAGGAGGCGGUGGAGGCGGAGGCACCCAGCUGAUCCAGCAGAGACGCUACACGGGAGAAAUGGAGGUCAUCAACCAGGGCUGCUCCGCCAAACCCAAGGUGUUCGGACACUUCAACAAGGUGACCGGCAACUUCAACAACAAGCGGUCGAUGACGCAGUACGCGUUCUUCAAGGCGUUCCGCUUCCCGACCAGUGCACGGGUGGUAAUACAGUGCAACGUCCAGGUCUGCUACAGAAAGUGCCAUGAACUGAGACCCUGCAGCGAAAGCUACCACCCGCGGGCAGCGCUAUCGGGUGACGCGGCUGCCAGUCGACGUCGACGACAGGCUGACGAGCCGGCCGACGAGCGUGUCAACCUGGUGCGCUCUAUCGAGGUUCGCCUCCCGGAGGAAGCUGCCGACCUACCCGACGGAGACCUGCCGCCGCUGGCCACCUCGCGCGUGCGCUACACGCCCUCAGACGGCCUGCACUGUCCGCAGUGCACCUCGCUCACUACAUUCUUCAUCGUACUGGUGUCACUGGCGGCGCUGUUGGCCGCGCUGGUAUCAGCGGCGCUCUGGGUUUAUGUGCGACGCCAGCACGGCUGCUCCAGUCUCAGCACACCUACAAAGUGAGCGCGUGUCGGCGUUCCGAGGCUGGGUUGAGUCUGGUGUGCCUCUGAUGAACCAUUCGAGUGUCAUUCGAUUGGUGUUAUUUAUUUGCACACUUGUUGAUAGCUACAUAAUAAAAAUAUAGGUUUUUCGGUGACCCGUAGCGCGGACGUAAAAUAUAAACGAGAUGGACCGAUCGGA